CCUCAUAGGUGGUUUUUAUUUUUUCAAGUUGAGGCAAGGUCACCAGCUAAAAAUGAGAGGUAGGGAAAAAGGAUGUGAAAUUUGAGGAGAUGUGAACGUAUGAAUGGUUAACCCAGAGACUGGAAUAGCACUGCCAGCCAGUGUUGAGUGCUCCUGAGAGGACUGAGGUCAUGAAUUAAAACCAGUUAGCUUGUUAUAUGACUGACUUUUCUCCAGCAGCUUUUGCUGUUUGGAUGUAAGCAAUGAGAAAGUUCAGCUGGAGCAUGGUUUAGUCCAAGCAAGGCUGAGAUUCUUUCAAGCAAAAAAGGAGACAUUGAGAUCAGAGAGUUGAAAAUGUUUGUAAAAGAGUGAUGAAAAGGACUGAUCAGGGAAUUUAAGUCAGGUGAGUUGCAAAAUUAUUAUAUGAUGGCAGAAGCAGAAGAGUUGAGUUUUUUUUAAGUGUUGGGGUUAAUAGCGUGGAGGUCUUAAGUAGGUAAGUGAGAGUACCAUAAAUUAGCUGGGAAAAAAAGGCUAGUGAUUGACAGUUGGGAAGCUUGAAACUGAGAUUUCAACUGAUGACAAGGUUCAGAAUCUGACUGACACCGAAGUGGUUAAGACGCAAGAGAGGAACAAAUUGUUGGAGAUGAAGAGGUCAGAGGUCUAAGAGGCCAAGUGUUGGUGUUGCUUAGGUCACCUACAAGCAUGCUGAAUUCAGAUAGAAUGUAGACAAGAGGGAUGGUGAGGAAAACCUACGGCAAGCAGCUCUAUAAUUUCUGGAAAGUGGCCAGGAGGCUCGUGGAUGAUCGCAGGAAGGAGAGAAGAAGGUGAUUUAGCCAGAAGAUAUGAACUUCAAAUAUUUUUGAAGCAGAAAAGAGCAGAAAUAGUUUGGAAGUAGCAAUCAGGACCAAAGAGACCACCCAAACUCAAUAGCCCAACCUCUUAGCCUUAGGGUACGCAGAAUCUGAAAAGUGUAAUCUCAAUUUUGGAGCUCUACAGCAGUAAAUCUGCAAGUAACCACCUGUAGCUAAUGUCCAGGGAUUAAAAAAAGAUAAUGAAAAUGUUUUUGCCCAGGAAACAUUAAUUUCAGGCAUAUCUAGAAUGCAGUUCUUGCAUUAUACGUACUGGGUUACCAGUCAUUGCAAAGUCAUGGUUCUUUGCCUCUCAGCUCAGUUCCCCUUCUGAAGGUAAAAACAUUUGCCUAUGUGUCCAGGGAAGCUGUGAGGGCAAAAAACCAAGCAACUUUUACAAGGGAUCAUAAAAACCUACCUAACAACUUGCUAAUUAAAACCUGAUUUUUAAUUUGCAUUAUUGAGCUUAAUACCAUUGCUUAAAUGUAUGUGAAUACUGAGAUUUUUAUAAACGAAUUAGUUACCUCUAGGAAAAUAAUUAUCACUAAAAGAAAUAUCGCAAUUUGAAUAAAAGUAAGUCGCUUAAAUCAUAGGAAACAUUUUUAGUGAAGGCGUUUGUUUUAAAUGUAUUCUAACCUAACAAUGUAGAAAGCAGGCAAACAUUUAAAAAAAAAAUUUAACCAGUUUCUAAAACAUAGUUUGGAGCUCAUAUUCUGGGGAAAUGAUUAACACACCCUAAAUCCAAGGUCUCCUUUCCUUUCUAGAAAGAAAGCAUCUUUAAACAUACAUAUUCAUCAGAAAUACAAAUAUUUGUCAUCAGUGAUACUAAUUUCCAGGCAAACAUUUUAAUUGCAGUCAAUGUAUUAGAUUCUACCAGGUUUUAAUUUGGAUCAGUAAUACGGGUUUGAUUAGGGUUCUAGGCCUAAUUAUAGGUCACUAGUCUUCCUUUAGGAUUAUGCACCAUCUGUUAUUUUAAAUUGACCACUGAGGGGGUUCCCAAGGGUUCUCCUUCGUUUUGUUAUCAAACGUUAGGUUUAGGAUUCUUACGGGUGGUGGGAUCCAAAAGCCAGAGACGGGUUUCAACAAAAAUGCAAGCGCGAAUUUGUCUUGCGUCUGAACGCACUGUUCAAAUUAAACAAUUUAGACAUGCCCCAACUAUGACACUAAGAAGUGAACGGUAUAGUACACUUUUGUCACAAAUUCAAGGGUAAUUUAAGUGCCCCAUGGUAGAGGUCUGGCUUCCCCUGGGUUUCUGGAACAAAAGAAGCGUUCGCGAGGAGAGAGGGGUAACUCCCCGCCCUCCCCCUCCCAAAGUAAAUCAAAUCAAGGAAUAUGAGUGCCUGCAGACAAGCCUCGCUUCUUUUCUUCCCCUUCAGGGCUAGCGUUUGGGGAAGGCAAGGCUGCGGCUACUCUUUGAGCUUCAGUGUCCCGGGAGGAAGAAAGGCCCAGCCAAGGGUCCUCACACUGGCGUGGAAUUCGGUGCGUUCGUAGGCGAUCGACCCCAGAGACGAAAGCUGCUUCUCAAGCUGGGGGAGGGAGAGGAAACGGCGCACAAAAGCAGUACGACCUGUCCCUUAUCGGCGUCUAAGGGGAAGGGUGGAGAAAACGAAAACAGAAGCGGGCCGGGAGCCUCGGCUCCCGCCCCAGCGCCUUUUAAACUGCGUUUCUACCUCCUCUCGCUCAGCGCGGCGGCUAAUGGAACCCGCGCGAGCCAUCUCGCCAAUCACCGCCGCGCUUCCUCCCGUCGCCCGCCAAUGGCGGCGCGCGUUCUUGGGGCGUGGGCGAAGCAGGCUGCUCGCCUCCUGCCUGUAGUGUGUGGGCUGGGGUUGGUGCGAGCUUCCAGCUUGGCCGCAGUUGGUUCGUAGUUCGGCUCUGGGGUCUUUUGUGUCCGGGUCUGGCUCGGCUUUGUGUCCGCGAGUUUUUGUUCCGCUCCGCAGCGCUCUUCCCGGGCAGGAGCCGUGAGGCUCGGAGGCGGCAGCGCGGUCCCCGGCCAGGAGCAAGCGCGCCGGCGUGAGCGGCGGCGGCAAAGGCUGUGGGGAGGGGGCUUCGCAGAUCCCCGAGAUGCCGGAGUUCCUGGAAGACCCCUCGGUCCUGACAAAAGACAAGUUGAAGAGUGAGUUGGUCGCCAACAAUGUGACGCUGCCGGCCGGGGAGCAGCGCAAAGACGUGUACGUCCAGCUCUACCUGCAGCACCUCACGGCUCGCAACCGGCCGCCGCUCGCCGCCGGCACCAACAGCAAGGGACCCCCGGACUUCUCCAGUGACGAAGAGCGCGAGCCCACCCCGGUCCUCGGCUCUGGGGCCGCCGCCGCGGGCCGGAGCCGAGCAGCCGUCGGCAGGAAAGCCACAAAAAAAACUGAUAAACCCAGACAAGAAGAUAAAGAUGAUCUAGAUGUAACAGAGCUCACUAAUGAAGAUCUUUUGGAUCAGCUUGUGAAAUACGGAGUGAAUCCUGGUCCUAUUGUGGGAACAACCAGGAAGCUAUAUGAGAAAAAGCUUUUGAAACUGAGGGAACAAGGAACAGAAUCAAGAUCUUCUACUCCUCUGCCAACAAUUUCUUCUUCAGCAGAAAAUACAAGGCAGAAUGGAAGUAAUGAUUCUGACAGAUACAGUGACAAUGAAGAAGACUCUAAAAUAGAGCUCAAGCUUGAGAAGAGAGAACCACUAAAGGGCAGAGCAAAGACUCCAGUAACACUGAAGCAAAGAAGAGUUGAGCACAAUCAGAGCUAUUCUCAAGCUGGAAUAACUGAGACUGAAUGGACAAGUGGAUCUUCAAAAGGCGGACCUCUGCAGGCAUUAACUAGGGAAUCUACAAGAGGGUCAAGAAGAACUCCAAGGAAAAGGGUGGAAACUUCAGAACAUUUUCGUAUAGAUGGUCCAGUAAUUUCAGAGAGUACUCCCAUAGCUGAAACUAUAAUGGCUUCAAGCAACGAAUCCUUAGUUGUCAAUAGGGUGACUGGAAAUUUCAAGCAUGCAUCUCCUAUUCUGCCAAUCACUGAAUUCUCAGACAUACCCAGAAGAGCACCAAAGAAACCAUUGACAAGAGCUGAAGUGGGAGAAAAAACAGAGGAAAGAAGAGUAGAAAGGGAUAUUCUUAAGGAAAUGUUCCCCUAUGAAGCAUCUACACCAACAGGAAUUAGUGCUAGUUGCCGCAGACCAAUCAAAGGGGCUGCAGGCCGGCCAUUAGAACUCAGUGAUUUCAGGAUGGAGGAGUCUUUUUCAUCUAAAUAUGUUCCUAAGUAUGUUCCCUUGGCAGAUGUCAAGUCAGAAAAGACAAAAAAGGGACGCUCCAUUCCCGUAUGGAUAAAAAUUUUGCUGUUUGUUGUUGUGGCAGUUUUUUUGUUUUUGGUCUAUCAAGCUAUGGAAACCAACCAAGUAAAUCCCUUCUCUAAUUUUCUUCAUGUUGACCCUAGAAAAUCCAACUGAAUGGUAUCUCUUUGGCACGUUCAACUUGGUCUCCUAUUUUCAAUAACUGUGUUGAAAAACAUUUGUGUACACUUGUUGACUCCAAGAACUAAAAAUAAUGUGAUUUUGCCUCAAUAAAUGUAGUAUUUCAUUGAAAAGCAAACAAAAUAUAUAUAAAUGGACUUCAUUAAAAUGUUUUUGAACUUUGGACUAGUAGGAGAUCACUUUGUGCCAUAUGAAUAAUCUUUUUUAGCUCUGGAACUUUUUGUAGGCUUUAUUUUUUUAAUGUGGGCAUCUUAUUUCAUUUUUGAAAAAAUGUAUAUGUUUUUUGUGUAUUUGGGAAACAAGAAGGGCGAAACAUGGUAGUAUAAUGUGAAGCUACACAUUUAAAUACUUAGAAUUCUUACAGAAAAGAUUUUAAGAAUUAUUCUCUGCUGAAUAAAAACUACAAAUAUGUGAAACAUAAUGAAAUUCAGUAAGAGGAAAAGUAACUUGGUUGUACUUUUUGUAACUGCAACAAAGUUUGAUGGUGUUUAUGAGGAAAAGUACAGCAAUAAUCUCUUCUGUAACCUUUAUUAAUAGUAAUGUUGUUGUAGCCCUAUCAUACUCACUUUUUAAGACACAGUAUCAUGAAAGUCCUACUUCAGUAAGACCCAUUUACAUACAGUAGAUUUUUAGCAGAGAUCUUUUAGUGUAACAUACAUAUUUUAGAGAAUUGUUGGCUAGCUAUACAUGUUUUGAAAAGCUGUUUAGCUAGCUAUAAGGCUAUAAUUGGAAAUUUGUAUUUUUUAUUUACAGCAAAACAUUUAUUCAGUCAUCCAGUUUGCUACCAAAAUAUGUUUUAGAUAAGUGUGUGUAUGUUUGUUUAGAAGUUAGAAAUUGUAAACACUGGUCUUAUGUUUCAUUUGGAUUCAUUAUUGCAUUGUCUUGUUACCAGAAACAAAUUUUGCCGAGCUUUUUUUGCCCUAUAUUUCCCAGCAUAAUUUGAUUAGAAAGUACAAAAAGGGCCAGGCGCGGUGGCUUACGCCUGUAAUCCCAGCACUUUGGGAGGCCAGGGCGGGUGGAUCACGAGGUCAAGAGAUCAAGACCAUCCUGGCCAACAUGGUGAAACCCCGUCUCUACUAAAAAUACAAAAAAAUCAGCUGGGCGUGGUGAUGUGCGCCUGUAGUCCUGUCUACUAGGGAGACUGAGGCAGGAGAAUCGUUUGAACCCAGGAGGCAGAGGUUGCAGUGAGUGGAGAUUACAUCACUGCACUGUAGCCUGGCGACAGAGUGAGACUCCAUCUCAAAAAAAAAAAAAGUACAAAAAGUACUUGCUUUCUUGCUUUUAUAUUACAUCAUAAGCAGUAGUUAAUAAAGUUGUAUACUCUAAGAGGUGGGCAUUAUGAUUAUUUUUUAUUUUUUUAUUUUUUAUUUUUUUUGAGAUGGAGUCUCACUCUUGUCACCCAGACUGUAGUGCAGUGGCACGAUCUGGGCUCGGUGCAACCUCUGCCUCCCAGGUUCAAGCAAUUUUCCUGCCUUGGCAGAGACGGGGUUUCACCAUGUUGGCCAGGCUGGUCUCGAACCCCUGACCUCAAGUGAUCGGCCCGCCUCAGCUUCCCAAAGUGCUGGGAUUACAGGUGUGAGCCACUGCACCCGGCCGGCAUUAUGAUUUUGUGUACUCUUGAAAUGGUUAUCUUUGUGGAUGAUUUUUUUUUUAAGCUGAAACUUACCUCAUGAAUAACUUGGUUAAAGUAGUAGGUGAUUAAAAUUUCAAUAGAAUCAAAUGAGACAAAAAUUUUAAACUGACUCAUUUGAGUUUCAACUUUACAGUCAUUGACCAUAAAGCACACUAAAAAUGUAAGUUAUUUUUAAAUACAUCUGAAAUAAAAAUACUUACUAAAAAGGAAGAAGCCGAAGAUGUAUAUUUAGACCAGCACACAAUUUUGAUUUCAAUUAGCCUUAUUCUAAUAUUUAGCUUUUAGAUCUUUCAUACACAUUUUCACGUACUUUGCAAUUGAGACCAGAAAGACUUGUAGGUCUUUCUGCAGAAUGAGUGGGUCCUUGCAAAGUGAGUGGGAAACUUACUCCUAGAUCAGAAAUGUUUGCCUCUCUGAGUAAAAUGUUUCUUUCAGAUGAGCCAUAGAGGGGGCACCUUUUACUCAACUUUUCUUUGUUUUGAAACUUUGUUUCCCAUAUUGUUUUCAGCCUUUUGUUUAUAAUUAGAAAUUGUGAGAAGCUUCAUUUAGUGUUUAAAAAUGUGGGGAGAUAAAUCAGACUUGUAUGUAAGAUCAAUUCACUUAAAAGUAUGGUCCAAAUAGCAAAAAUAGGACCAGGUGAAACAUGUCAUUUUUUAAAAACAUGUACUUGGUCUUUUGUGUGUGUCUGUUUUAUUCCAUUAGAAUAAAUGUGUCCUUGAUGUAAAUGCAAAGCAUUUCUUCCUGAUUAAAUUGUAGAUGUAGACUUUACAAUAUAAUUCAAUAAUAAAAAGUAAUUAACCUCUA